AUGUCAUCAUCAUUAAUUGUCACUAAACGAGUUAUUCAACAAACAACAUUAAAUAAUAAUCAUACAACAUCAAAUGGAAAUGAUAAACAAUCAAAUAUAUCUAAAGGAGAUACACCUAAUAUUAAUCAAACAUCAUUUUAUUAUUUAUUUAAUAAAAAAAUCGAUUCAAAUGCUUGUGAACAAUUAAGAAAAAGAUAUGUUACUUGA